AUGAAUAAAGACAUCGAAUUAUUACAAGUUAUUGGAGAAAAUGUUGAUAGAAAUCAUCCUAGUUGGAAUUUAAUAUUUGAUAUUCAACACGGAUUAAGAAAUUCUAUAACGAUAGAUGGUGACUCAAACAAUUCCACCAAACCAACCAAUCCAAACGAAAUUAAAAUGUUUUACUCAACAGGUAAAGCACAGUUCUUUAAACAUCCAGUAGAUGACAAUUUCAAGGAUCAAUUGUCGUUCAAAUUCAAAAUCUACCAACCUAAUGCAUUCAAAUAUCUAAGAAAACUAUUUAAUAUUAGUAUUGAAGAGUUUAAAAGUUCAUUUUGCUCACAAGAGAAUCCACUACGGGAACUAUCAUCCCCAGGUAAAAGCGGAUCAUUUUUUUAUUUUUCAAAUAAUAUGAAAUAUAUUAUAAAAACUAUCUCUAAAGACGAAUCAAAGCUAUUAAGAAAGAUAUUACCUCAAUAUAUUCAACAUAUUGAGGAUAAUCCAUUGACAUUAUUACCUCGUUUUUAUGGUAUGUUUAGAGUAGAAGGUGUCCAUCAUUCAAAUAAAAUUAGAUUCAUCAUUAUAGACAAUCUAUUUCCAGCAAACAAGAAAAUAUCAUUACGUUUUGACUUAAAGGGUUCCCAUCAAGAUAGAGAGACUAAAAAUAAACCAAAUAAUUUAGAUAAUAUAACAUAUAAAGAUAUCGAUUUUUUAAAUGAUAAUUUAAAAAUUAAAAUUGAAAAUCAAGAUACAAAAAACCAAUUUAUAAAUCAAAUCAAAAAAGACUCAAAAUUUUUAAAAUCAUUAAAUAUCAUGGAUUAUUCAUUAUUAGUUGGUAUACAUUAUUGCAAUAAUAAUAGUAUCGAAGAACCAAUAAUUGAAAGUGGUAGUAGUAAUAGCGGUAGCACUGAUCAAAUAAAGCUGAGCGAAAUAAAAUCAAAAAUAUUAAUAAAUUCAUCAUUAUUACAAUUAUCUUCCUCACAAUCAUCAUCAAUAUCAACAUCAAUUGAAAAUAACUUUGUUGAAAAAGAAAUAAUCUACUAUAUUGGUAUAAUUGAUAUUUUGGUAUUAUAUAAUUUUAAAAAAAAAUUUGCACAUUUUUACAAAACAAUUAAAUAUGGAACAAAAUCAGAAAUUUCAACGAUUGCCCCCCAAAAGUAUUAUAAAAGAUUCAAAAGGUUUAUUAUUGGCCUAAUAGAGUAA